UCAUAGUGCAGAAGGGUGCAACAUUUUGUCAGCAAAAGCCACGGGCCCCUCGUCGAUUUUGGUGAAAUGGCAGAAAAGCAAUAUGGCCACGAGCUAUUUUUUGGACCUGCGGGUGAAAAACAAAACGAAUUCUGCGCCGGUCGUGGUGACCCUGUCGGCCGCCUCGACCGAGCAGAAUGUCCAGGGUCUGAGACCAGGAACCGAGUAUAGUGUGACUCUCAAAGUCUUCCAGUUCUACUUUAUGGUGUGUGUGAAUACAUCUACGGCGUGGACAGUUCCCGACACAGCGCAGAUAACAGUCGGCAUGCCUCUGUCGAGCACCGCAGUCUUUCUCAAGUGGACUGAUGUGCCCUCGGCGGAUCUCUACUACCUGCUGGUGCGCUCUGAGAGCACCGGACAGGAGUUCAACCUCACCUACACCUACACCAUCACCAGCGCUGCGGUGGGAAACCUGCAGCCCUCCACCAACUACGACUGUUACGUCUACACAGCUAACCGGGCCGGCCUGGGUAGCGCAAGCAAAGUGAGGACCAUCACGACACUGGUGCGGCCUCCGUGGAACAUUACAGCCGAACAGACUGGUCGGAUCACGGCGAGGGUGAUGUGGCAGCCGGUGGAGGACGUCCUCAUAUACCGGGUUGUUAUCCAGAACCUCGAUGAACCCACCAGCAAGCCGUCGGUGCACAACGUCACAGACACCAAGAUGGACGCCAGUGGCAUCCUCCCCUGCACCACCUACCUGAUAUCGGUGUCCUCGCUCAGCGAGUUCCUGUUGCCGAGCGAGCCCACGAACUACACAUACACCACCAACAAGCUGUCACCAGUUUCAUCCGUAUCCGUGGACUACACAUGCACCAGUCAGUCCGCCACGGUGCGUUGGUCGGCCGUGUACGGGGCCGACUCCUACAAGGCCACGGCGAUGGGCGAAAAUGGCAUGCAGCUGACGUGCACCAGCCAGGGCACCAGCUGUCGGCUCACCGGACUGAGCUGCGGUCAGAACUAUGUGGUGAACGUGACGCCCAUAUCGGAGAACUGCAGGAACAUGAUGAACAACACCUCGGCCACUUUUCAGACGGUCCCCUGUCCUCCCAAGAACCUGACGUUGGAGCGACACUGUUCCAGCGAAGUCAUCGUCUUCACCUGGGAGCACACAAACAACACGGACUACUACCUGGCCAGGGCAGUGGACUCCAAGGGAGUGGUCCAGGACUGUCUGACCGAAGACAACUCGUGUCACUUCACACAAACGGUGUGUGGACGACACUAUUACUUCACGGUGUAUUCGGUCACGGGCGAGUGCAAGAGCCAGAUUAGCUCGACUGUUGACAUUCGCACAGCGCCCUGUAUUCCCCAGAAUAUGCAAACGUCAUCCGACUGCAAAUCAGAUGUUCUGCUCAGCAAGUGGGACCUGGCGGAGGGGGCCCUGCGCUACACCGUGGAGGCCUACGGCAACAAGGGACACAACGACUCCUACAGCUGCACCUCGCUGUCCAACAGCUGCGUUAUACACGGCGUCCAGUGUGGAGAGUACUUGACCGUCUACAUCACAGCUUCCGACGACGAAUGCUCCAGCCCGAGGUCGCUGGGGCCUGUGGCUGAGAUGGUCCCAUGCACUCCUCAGAACCUGACAGCUGUGAAGGAAUGUGGCGCAGACUCCAUCACAACCAGCUGGACCAUGACGGCCGGUGCGAUCUUCUACGUCGCCGUGGCGAAGGACAGCGGCGGCGUCAUUCACCACUGUAACGCCAUGGAUCUGAGUUGUAAGAUCCAGGGCUUGAAGUGCAGCACCAACUACACGGUGUCCGUCAUCGCCUCCAACUUCAUGUGCAACAGCUCGGUGAGCGAGACGGUCACCAUAGAGACAGCUGCUUGCCCACCGGAUAAUGUCACUGCGUCCCUGGACUGUACCGCCAACGAGGCCCAGAUUGCGUGGCACGACAAGUCCAACGUGAACUCCUUCACCGCCACCGCCGUGGACCAAGACCAGGGUCUUCUCAGCUGCAGCUCCACUACACCCAGCUGCAGGGUGCCGAACCUGAAAUGUGGCACGCUCUACACUGUCACUGUCCGCCACCACGACGGCAUCUGCCCCAGCAUCCCCUCGGAAGCCAUCUACUUGGAGUCCGUUCCUUGUGGGCCGGCCCACACGCAGGCCACCGUGGACUGUGCUGCGGGCGGACUGACCAUCGGCUGGAACGCGUCCAGAAACGCCGAGGGCUACAUGACGGUGAUCUCAGACGGCAACAAUCGGACGUCCCACAACACCACGCUGCCGGGGCUGAGCGUCGGCACUCUGGACUGUGGACUGGAGUACACGGUGAAGGUGACAUCCUUCAAUGGCUCCUGCGUCAGUUUCCCCUCAGUCUUAACUGUCAGGGAAGCACCAUGUGUGCCCACUAACGUGGUGGCGAAGAGAAACUGUGGCCAGAGUUUUGUGGAUGUGACGUGGGCGGCGAGUCGCGGAGCCAAAAACUACACCGCCGUCGCCGUGGACAAAGACGGCAGUCGCCUGGAAUGCGUGUCCAACAUGACGUCGUGCCGCCUGGAGGGUGUAACGUGCGGCCAGGUUUACAACGUCAGCGUGGUCGCCGUGGACGACGCCUGCACCAGCCCAGAGAGCCCUGCGGUGACACGGCGGACAGCGCCCUGCCCUCCCUCUCAGCUCACCGCCUCAGCGAACUGUAGCACCAACUCUGCGGUGUUAACGUGGAACAGCAGCCCCAACGCAGUGUCCUAUGCCGGCAAGGCGGUGAGCACAGACGGACACAAUGUGACCUGUGACGUAGGAGCGCAGCAAAGUUGCCGACUGGAGGGUCUGCGCUGUGGCAAGGAGUACACCUUCGCCGUGUCGGCCUCAGACGGCGACUGUCAGAGUCCCGACAGCCAGCCCGUCGUCCAUGACACUGCCCCCUGUGCUGUCCAGAAUGUGCUCAACACUCUGAACUGUAGCAGCAACACACUGACUAUCAGCUGGACGCCCGGAUCCAUGCCAGUGAACUACACCGCCACCGCCGCCCGGAGCGGUAACGCGAAUGUAACCGCCCUUCGCUGCGUCACAGAGGGCUCCAGCUGCACGCUGUCUAAUUUAGAGUGCGGAGUCCAGUACGCCGUGGCGGUCAGAGCCAUCAGCAGCACGUGUGAAGGACACGGCAGUGUCCCGCAGAUUGUCAAUUCCAUUCCCUGCACUCCCGUGAACGUCCAAGGCGUCGUGGAUUGUUCCACUCACACGCUGCAAGCGUCCUGGGACGCAGUGUGUCCCACAUGUGCGGAGUCCUACAUCUCCACAUUGACGGGAGCAGGAGGGUUCUCCACUUCCUGUGCCUCGGCUAACAGAAGUUGCCUCUUCCCUGACCUCCAGUGCGCUCAGACGUACGCGUUGAGUGUGUCGGCCUUCAACGACCGGUGCAACAGCUCUCGGAGCGCCGCGAUCCCAGCGAGAACCGCGCCCUGUGAUCCCACAAACGUGACCGCUGCGCUGAAUUGCCUCUCUGGUGUUGCGACGGUGACUUGGGGAACCAGCGCCGGAGCAAAUCACUACAAAGUCCUGGCUGAGGCCAGCGGACACGUGGACUCCUGCGCCUCCACCAGCACGUCCUGUGAACUGACCCAGCUGCAGUGUGGGGAGGACUACACCGUGACCGUACUUGCAGGGGACGGGAAGUGCAACAGCUCCAUACUCGCCAAAACGAAUAUAACCACAGCUCCCUGCGCUCCAGUGAUCCAGAGUCACUCUCUGGACUGUGCCACCAACCACGCCUCCGUCAGCUGGGCCGAGGACGAGGACGCCGCCAGUGUCACGCUCAGCGCCACUUCAAGCCUGGGACACUCGACGUCCUGCAGCUCCUCCACCAACAGCAGCUGUGUCCUGGACGCACUGCAGUGUGGACACACCUACACCGUCCAGGCGGUGGCACAAAGAAUCCCGUGCUCGAGCGAACCCAGCGGCACGUUUCAGAUUGUCACAGCACCUUGUGCCCCGGCAAAUGUGGAGAGCACGUACUCCUGCGAGACUGGCAUCGGCCUACUGAGCUGGGACGAGACGUUGGGCAGGGAGAGUUUCUACGCCACCGUUCGAUCGGGAAACCACACGGCCUCAUGUCGCUCCAGUCAGACCAACUGCCCCCUGCCCUCGCUGCUCUGUGGUCGCAGGUAUGACGUGGAAGUGAUGGCCGUGGCCGACCACUGCAACAGCAGCGUCCCUGGGGUGACACAGAUACAGACAGCCCCCUGCGCUCCCACGAAUGUCAGCGCCUCCCUCGUGUGUGACAACAACACGGCGGCAGUGAGCUGGCAACCAAGUCCCGGUGCAAUUUCCUACAAAGUGACGGCACUCGGCAGAGACGGCGACGUCAAACAGUGCACCACCAACGACACGAGUUGUGACCUGCCCGACUUGCACUGCGCCCAGACCUACAUGAUCACCCUCACGCCGUUCUCCGGUCCGUGCAAGGGUGUCGACAGCGCUCCGCACAACUUCGUUGCAGGCCCCUGCCCUCCCACCAGUGUCAACGUGGCCCUGCGGUGUGACGGCAACGUGGGCCAUGUGACCUGGAACCCUGCCCUGCAAGCGGACAUGUACGUGGUCACAGCCAUGGAUGAACACAACCACACCUGCACCUCCAACGGAACCAGCUGCAACCUCACGGACCUCCAGUGCGGCGAGGCUUCCGUUGUCACAGUGGUCACCGUCGAGAGGGGCUGCAGGAGCAAACCCAGCCUGCCGUUCACUUUCCAAUCAGUCAUCUGCCCUCCCACCAAUGUGACCGGAGUGACAGACUGCGUGAACAACAACAUCACAGUAAGCUGGGACCCGAGUCCCGAAAGUGGCGUUAACUACUUCCUGCGAUCCCGAGAAGAAGACGGCGGUGCCAUUGCCAACUACUCCACGACGCAGACGUCCCAUGUGAUCACCGGGCUGCAGUGCGGCGAGUCGUACACGUUCAUGGUCGCCACCAGGGACUCUGAGUGCACCAGCGCCCUCAGCAAGACGAUACAAACUGAAACAGCUCCGUGUCCACCAACUAAUCUGACUGCCAGUGCCGAAUGUGGCACCAAUUUGGGAACGCUGAACUGGGCGCCGAGCACCUACGCCGUCUCCUACACGGCGACGGUGACCGGUUCCCACGGCCACGUGGUUUCCUGUUCGUCCAACACAACAAGAUGCUCGGUGAAGCUGGUCUGUGGAAAUCAGUACUCUGCGGUCGUGGUCGCCUCCAGUGCGACGUGCAACAGCAGCGCGGGGGCCGCCUUGACGUUUAACUCGGCGCCCUGUCUGCCUGACAGGGUGGUAGCCGACCUGGACUGCAACGUCAACUCUUUCGCAGUGCAGUGGAGGGGGAGCAUUGGCAAUGUUGGGUCUUACACUGCCAUCGCCAUUGGCAGCGACGACACGCGCGCAACUUGUAACUCAACGAGCACGAACUGCACCAUCGCGAACCUCAAGUGUGGCCUCACCUACAGCAUCGUCGUCACCACAUCGUCGGUCAACUGUGGGACUAUCGAGGGCUCCGACUACAGCAUGCAGUCAGCCGCCUGUAAACCCGACAACGUCUCGGUGAACCUGCAGUGCAGCACUAACGUGGCGUCGGUGACCUGGGGAAACUCGGGCCCGAACCAGACUCAGGUGGUGACGGCGGUGGACAGCCGAGGAGGGAUCGCCACGUGCAACUCCAGCAGCACCAUGUGCACCUUCGACCAGCUGACCUGCGGCGAGACCUACGUCAUCAGUGUGGUCGGCCACACAAAUUCAUGCAGCAGUGAACCGUCGGUUGCCCAGCAGCUCAACACAGCUCCGUGUGUUCCCACCUUCCUCGCAGCGCGAGCGGACUGCCAGACUGGCAUCACCUCGGUCACGUGGGACUCGGCGCGCGGCGCCACAUCUUACACCGCCUACGCCCGGGGCAGCCUCGGCUACAACGCCGAACGUAACAGCACGGACACCAACUGUGCUUUCUCCAACCUGGCGUGUGGCCAGGACUACAACAUCACAGUGGUGGCCCGUCACGGCUCCUGCGUCAGUCUGGUCAGCGAGUCCGUCACUGCCACCACAGGUCCUUGUCCCCACAGCGGUCUGAAGACAACGCUGGACUGCAACACCAACACAGCCACGGUGACCUGGACGCCCGGCAGCGGCAUUCGCUCCUACAACGCCUUGGCCGACGCCUUUCCCGUAACACACCAGCAGACCUGCUCCACCAACGGCUCCUCCUGUAACAUCACCGCUCUGCGCUGUGGGGAGAGCUACAGGGUGAGCGUCAGUGGCCAGGGAAAUAACUGCCCCAGUCCAGCCCAGGACUGGCAACGAAUCACCACGGCUCCCUGCCCUCCCACCCACCUCACGGUCAACUCCUCCUGCAAGUCCAACGAUAUCCUGGUGUCGUGGCGGGCGUCGCAGGGCUCCUUCUCCUACAUGGCUGUGGCCGAGAACACACAGGGCCAACAGUGGACCUGCAACACCAGCAGCACCGGCUGCCAGGUAUCCGCACUGGCCUGCGGACAGCAGUACCAGGUCUACGUGGUUGGUGUUGACAACAACUGUGUUGGAGCCAAGAGUAACAUUGAGGUGAUUCGUACAGCUCCGUGUGUGCCGCAGAACAUACAGAACGACCUUGACUGUCGGGCCGGCGUCCUCAAUGUCACCUGGCAGUCGACGGGUUCCUUUGUGCGGUUCCGCGCCUCAGUGGCGAGCAGCGGUGGCGGUCACAUCAGCACCUGCACGACGGACAAGCAUCACUGCGUGGUGGAAAACGUGCAGUGUGACGCGACCUACGAUGUUACAGUGGCGGCCGAAGAUGACGCCUGCAACAGCUCGCACAGCCCCACGCAGCAGGUCCUCACAGCUCCGUGCCCUCUGCCGUCCUUCCUUCAGGCCAUCAACUGUAGCACUGGGGUCGUGUCUGUUACCUGGAACAGCAGCGCGGCGGGAGUCGUGUACACGGUGUCGGCGGUCGACAAAACGGGUCAAAGACACACGUGCAACGGCACCAACGCGGGCUGUGACCUCAGCACGCUGGAGUGCGGGACAGGGUACAACGUCACCAUCGCGCCGUACAGGGACGGAUGUCUGGGCAGAGACAGCCCCACGAAAGUGAUCACAACAGUUCCCUGCACACCGAAAAUCUCAGAGGUGGAGAUCGACUGCCUGACCAACUCAACCUGGCUGAUGUUCGAGGAGCCCGCGGGGGCCGAGGCCUACGUCACCAUGGUGACAGACAGCCAGGGCGACGUGCAGACGUUCAAGUGCGUUGCCGUGUCGGCGGGCGUGUGUGCCGUGCCGCAGCUGAAGUGCAGCGAGAACCUCACCUUCACCCUGGAGGCGCACGACCAGCAGUGCUCCAGUCCACCGAGCACCGCUGUCACGACUGAGACGGCUCCCUGUGCCCCCCGGGACGUGUUGAAUUCCGUGGGCUGCGACAACGCCACAAUGAGCAUCGCCUGGUCCGCCGUUCGCGGUGCGGUGACGUACACGGCCACUCUGGAGGAGUUCAACGGAAACACCAGCUGCUGCACCACGUCGGACAACGGCUGUGACAUCGCCGAUCUGCCGUGUGGAGCGUUCUACAUCCUGCACGUCACCGCCGAGGGACGGGUCUGCAACAGCUCCCAGAGCGAGGCGGACUUCACCAGGACAGCGCCAUGCGUUCCUCAGAACCUCAGUGCCAGUGUGAGCUGCAGCGACAACGUGGCCUCCAUGUCGUGGGACUACAGCAGAGGAGGCCAGCUCUACCGGGUCAGAGCGGUGAGCGCCGAUGGCCACGAGGUCGAGUGCGUCUCCCAUCAGAACCAGUGUGAUCUGACCGACCUGCACUGCGGACAGCACUACACAGCCACUGUGACAGCAGAGGACAUUGACUGCGAGAGCAAACCGAGCGGCAGCGUGACGAUCAAGGCGGUGCCAUGCACGCCUGCUAAUGUCUCCUCCACGGUGGACUGUGAUGUCAAUUCCCUGAUCGUGUCCUGGUCCGAGAGUCCAGGAGCCGACUCGUACGUCGCCACGGUGCAGGACAGCAACAGUCAGACCACGACCUGCCAGGGCACGACCGAGGGCUCCUGCAGCGUGACGGGACUCGGCUGCGGUCAGGUCUACCACGUCUCUGUGGUCUCCUCCGAUGGAUACUGCGACAGCCCGCCCACUCCCAAAGUUGACACGGCUGCAGCUCCCUGUGCGCCGACAAACGUCAGGGCAGCGUUCGACUGCUACACGGGGACGGCCUCGGUGGCGUGGUACCCGAGCGACGGAGCUGUGUCGUACCUGUUGACGGCCGCCGCCGCCGCCUCGGGCCACAACGUCACCUGUGACACCACCAACAACACCUCCUGCGACCUGGAAGGGCUGCGCUGCGGCGAGAGCUACUCCGUGUGGGUCCAAGCCGUGGGACGGACGUGCAGCACCGUCGGUAACAUGACGGAACAGCUGGUCACCGGGCCGUGCAUCCCCGAACACGUCACCGCUCUUUACAGCCCAUCUAUCGGCCAGGUGCUGUGGGACAAGAGCGCCGGUGCCGAUAACUACACAGUGGUGGGGGUGACGGAGCAGGGCCUCACAGUCUCCUGCGUCACCAGUGACACCUACUGUGGAGUGUACACCCUGAAAUGUGGCCAGUCGUACAACGUCAGCGUCACGGCAGACAGCCACGUGUGCCGAGGCGUGUCCACCUCGACCGAAGCGGUUGCGAUCACAACAGAGCCGUGCCCUCCCAACAACGUGGAGGCCGGUGUUCAGUGUCAGAACGACGUGGGAACCGUGUCGUGGGAGGCCAGUUUCGGCGCGGUGGGCUACGUGGCCCACUUGGCCGGGCGCGAUGGCCACUCUCUGUACUGCUCCACCAAUGAAACCUUCUGCCACGUAGAAGAUCUCCACUGCGGAGUCGUCUACUACACCGAUGUCUCUGCCGUCGGAGAGACACACAACAGCAGCGCUUCCCGCACUGUUCUGAUUGUCGCAGCUCCAUGUGCAGCUGGAAACUUGGCGGCAGACGUGGACUGCGACAACAGCACGGCCGAAGUCUCCUGGAGCUCGGCCGGCGGAGCCGACUCCUACUCCGUGGCGGCCGUGGCGACCGACGGCCACCGCGCUGUGUGCGACACAGACGAGCUCCAGUGUGAACUCACUGAGCUGCAGUGUGGUCAGACGUACACCGCGAGCCUCACCACCGUCAGCGACCAAUGCCAGACCGAGGGACACAGCAACGUCACCUUCAGCACACGUCCCUGUAAACCUGUGCACGUCGGCGUGGACCUGCCGUGCGGGACCGAUACGGCCAACUUGUACUGGGUGGAGAGAGAGGGGGUGGAGCUCUACCUGGCCACCGCCACCUGCAGCAUGGGAACGCUGCAGUGCAACUCCACCAACUCCACCUGCCAGUUCCCGGACCUGCGGUGUGGGGUAACCUACAAAUUCUCUGUUACCGCAUACGGUAACGAGUGUUACAGUGAAACCAGCAGCACUGUGGAGAUUCAAACAGAACCCUGUCAGCCGACUGGCCUGACGGUCGAGGGGUCGUGCUACAACGAGACGGUGGUGUUGGAUUGGUCGGCAGCGGCGGGAGCAUCGGUCUACGUGGUGACGGCGACGGGCGACCUGGGAUACGUCACGUCAUUCCAAACCGACGGGACGAUGAUAGAAGCGGAGCUGCCCUGCGGGCAACUGUUUAACUUCACUGUGAAAGCGCAGGACGAUCGAUGCGACAGCGCCGUGAGUCUGCCUGAAGCAUUCAAGACAGGCCCCUGCGUCCCUGAGCAUGUGCAGUGCUACACCCACUGUGAGGACAGUCUGGGCUCGGUCAGCUGGGCCCCGAGCGACGGGGCCGAAUCCUACUUGGCCAUGGCGACGGGACUGGACGGCCACACCCACACGUGUGCCACGGACACCACCAGCUGCACAUGGGACGACCUGCACUGCGGGGAGCAGUACACCGUGCACGUCAUCGCCAACGACUACCUGUGCAGCAGCUUGCCAAGCAAUAACACCUCAAUACGGAUGGCACCAUGUAUACCCCAGGACUUGAAAUCAUCUCUGAACUGCACAAUAAAGGUGGGAUCACUGAGCUGGAAUGCCAGUGACACAGCGGAGUUCUACAUCGUGACCGCGGAGACCAACGGCGGCCACACGGUGCAGCUCAGCACGAACGACACCUGGACUUUCUUCUCCGAGUUCCUGUGCGGCCAGGAUUACUUCCUGUCUGUCCGGGCGGUGGACUCCGAGUGCACGAGCCGACCCAGUCAGCCGUCGAAGCUCAAAUCGGAGCCCUGCCCACCCACCGGCGUCUCCAGCUCGAUGGACUGCGUCUCCAACAUCGCCCUGGUGUCGUGGACCGGUUCGGCCGGCACAGAGUUCUACACCGCCACGGUAACGCUGGAAGACGGCCAGUCGAUCAGCUGCUGGUCGGACAGCGACCAGUGCGGCAUGCCCAACGUCGUCUGUGGACAGAACUACACGGUCAGCGUCGUCGCAUCCAACGAGAACUGUAACUCUGAGCCCAGCGAGGCCGACACCCUGCAGUCAGUGCCCUGCGUUCCAACUGAUGUGGAUGUGGAGGUGGCCUGCUCCACAAACCAGGCGCUCGUGUCCUGGAGUGCCAGCGAGGGGGCUCUGUCCUACACGGUGACGGCCCAGAGCACACAGGGAGACCUCUCCUCCUGUGAGGCGGCGGGUCUACAGUGUACUCUGACCAACCUGACGUGCGGUCGGUCCUACUCUGUCCAGGUGGUGGCACAAGACGAUAUCUGCUCGAGUUUGCCCAGCUCUGUUACAAUGUUCAAAUCAGUUCCCUGCACACCCAAAAAUGCCUCAGGGGUCCUGGACUGCUUCACCAACACCUUCCUCCUGGACUGGCUCUUCGCAGAGGGGGCCCUGGAGUACACGGCAACUGCCCGCUCCUCCAACGGCCACGUGUCCACCUGCAACACCAACUUCACCAACUGCGAGCUGCAGAACCUGCAGUGCGGCCAGACGUAUAACGCCAUCGUCGUCGCCUCGAACGAGCAAUGCGACAGUCCCACAAGCACCAGGCUGCAGCUGGAAUCAGUGCCCUGCCCUCCCAAGGAUGUCGUGGCCCUACUGGACUGCGCCACCAACACGGCCACGGUUGAGUGGACAGCGAGCACGGGGGCCGACUCCUACGUCGUCCAGGCCUUCGCCACAAAAGGUGACGAAACCUGCUGCGAGACGACCUCGCGCUCCUGCGUCCUCCCGGACCUCUUGUGUGGCUUCACCUACAACGUCAGCGUGAUAGCCACCAACGGCGUGUGCAACGUGUCACAGAGUGACAUCAAACAGCUACAAGCCGUGCCCUGUGUGCCACGGCAGGUGGAGGCCCGGGUGGUCUGCGAGUCCGGCGCCGUGGCGGUCUCUUGGGAGCCGAGCAGAGGGGCGUCGUCAUACACCUCGGUUGCCCAGGGCAACGGUGGCUAUGCGUCAACUUGCAACAGCAGCGUGACGACGUGCCUGUUCGAGGACUUGCUGUGCGGCCUCAACUAUUCCAUCAGCGUCAUUGCGUCAGACGAGACGUGCACGAGCGCUGGCAGCUCUGCGGUGGACAUCAACACAUUGCCGUGUGUGCCACAGGGAGUAACGGCAGCAAUGGUCUGCAGCAACGACACAGGCGUGGUGUCGUGGGAGGAAGAGGAGGGCGUGUCCUCCUACUCGGUGCGAGCCUUCGGCCCCAACGGUCACAAGACUCAGUGUAACACCACCGACACCAGCUGUCAGCUGCCCGGCCUGCACUGCGGUCAGCGCUACAACCUGACGGUGACAGCUGAGGACGGCGAGUGUGACAACAGCGUCGCCUACCUCGACCUGCAGUCAGUGCCUUGCAGCCCCACCAAUGUCAAGGCCUCGCUGCGGUGCCACUCGAACUCCGCGGCGGUGACGUGGGAGCGAGCCAGCGGAGCGGAGACUUAUCUCGCGGUGGGCGUCACAGCGGACGGGAGUCACCGGAGCGAGUGUAACAACACGCUGACCCACUGUGAUCUGGACGACCUGCGGUGCGGACAGACCUACAACGUGAGCGUGUUCGGCCAGGACGAGUCGUGUUCGAGCGCGGAGAGCAACACGUCAUACGUGCGGACAGCCCCGUGUGCACCCCAGAACGUCACCGUUAAUUCACAGUGUGACGAAGACGCCAUAACCGUGUCCUGGUCCCCCGACCCCGACGCCCAGUACUUUCACGUGGCGGCGGUGAGCAACACUUGGGCGAAACUCUACUGUAACUCGAGCGGCACCACCUGCGCAUUGAACGAUCUCCCAUGUGGACAGACCUACAACGUUACGGUGCUGUCUGUGAGAGAUGGCUGUGAAAGCAAACUGAGCUCUGUGGUACAGACCUCCUCAGCUCCGUGUGUGCCGAGGAACCCCGUGGGCCAUCUGGACUGCGUGUCCAACGCCGCCUGGGUGUCGUGGGAUGAGGCGGAGGGAGCCCACAGCUAUUUUGCCUUCGCCGAAGGGACGAACGGACACAACUCCAGCUGCACCGUCGCCUCCUCUCCCUGCGAAGUCCCGGACCUGAUGUGCGGGACGCACUACACCUUCUACGUCACUGCCACCAACGAGCACUGCAACAGCAAUUACAGCACCACCUUUGACCUAGAGACAGGUCCUUGUGCUCUGACGUCCGUCACUGCGGUGACACAGUGCAACAGUGACGCCAUCCUGGUUGAGUGGGACAACACAGUGAACACACCCGUCUACCUGGUGACCGCCGAGGGUCACGACCAGACCCUCAUUUCCUGUAACAGCUCCUCCAGUUCGUGCGAACUGCAGGACGUCCGCUGUGGCAUGCACUACAGCAUCAUAGUGUCCGCUUCGUCCGACAAGUGCAGCAACCUCAGAAGUCCACCGAAGAAGAUUAAAACAGCUCCCUGUGCACCACACAAUGUGACCGUGGCGCAGUUAUGUGAGGAGAACGGGGCCGAAGUGACGUGGGGACGCUCCCCCGUGGCCACGUCCUACCAGCUCACGGCCACGGGACAGGACGGACACGUGGCGAGCUGCAACACCUCGGUGAACAACUGCACCCUGGCCGAGCUGCACUGCGGCCAGCCGUACAACGUGAGCAUCACCGCCAGCGGAGACAACUGCACCAGCAUGCCCAGCACGUCAUCCUUCAGGACAGUGCCCUGUAAGCCCUCUGGUCUCGCCGUGGACAUCCAUUGUCACAACAAAUCCGCCGUCUUGUCCUGGAACGCCACCGAGGGCGCCGCGAAGUACUACGGCUCCGCCCGAUCCCAGGACGGAGACGCGCUCUGCUGUGACACCACGGGUCUCUUCUGCACCUUCGAAGGGCUGGAAUGCGGAGACGUUUACAAUUUCUCCGUGGAAGCCUCCAACGGCGUCUGCAACAGCUCGUUCAGCGUUCCUCUGAAGGCGAGAGCAGUUCCGUGUCCUCCGACCUCUCUGAAUGUCCGCAUGCAGAGAAUAGGCCAAACUUACUGGGCCAUGACGUCGUGGGGCAGCGUCAAUUGCUCCGAUGUCGAGUACAUGGCGGAGAUGAGUGGUCGGAUCCAAAACGACCCACGGGCGCUGAUGGACAUCUCCUCCUACUGGCUGCCCAGGAAGUACUUUGAGUUCCCUAUGCCCUGCAGCACGGCUUACAGCCUCACCGUCCGCGCCAGGAACUCAGCCGGCGUCAGCGCACCUUCCAGUGCCCUCACCGGAGUCACAGUCCCCUGCGCUCCAAAGAACGUGAAAUACGGCGGCAACGCGCAGGCUGCCGUGCUGUCCUGGGACGCGUCGGUGUUCGCCACCUCGUACGCCGUCUACAGCACAUCGGGAGGAGGCCGCGCCGAGCUGUGCAACACCACCGGGCUCUCCUGCCAGUUGACCAACUUCAACUCCAGCGCCACCGAAGUGACGGCCAGCAACGAUGUGGGCGAGAGCAACCCGAACGGAAUCAUGACAGGUCCAGUAGGAUCCCGCAGAAGAAGAGAUUUGCGGUCCAAUCUAAUCUCUGCCCAUUUAGACGGAGACCUGGGGGCUCCCGAGGUGCUGAAUGUAACAGUCAGCGGACUCUCCCUGUACGUGAAGUGGACGACGGUGAAGGACGCGACCGAGUACACGCUCGUCGUGAAGGAGGAGCAGCAGAGAGGGCAGCAGGACAAUCAGCCGGCGAGAGUGAGAACCGUGGAAGGUGAUUUUUACCUAGAGGCCGACCUCAAGCCCUGGACCACCUACUGCGUCAGACUCUCAGCCAAAAACGCCAUCAACCAAAGCAGCUACUCCAGGCCGAAGUGCCGAGCCACCGGCGCCUCCUAAUGAACCAACCACAGAUCAAAUGAAAUAUACACUGGACUCGGAAGAAAUACCAUCUCAUUGGUUAUACUGUGUUUGUCUCCGUAACAGAACUGUUACCAGUUCAAUCUCUAAGAACUGUCAAAUAACAUAAAUAAAGUAAUUACAACUGCAGAGCUAUGACAGAAUUCUUCUGUUUGGGUGAACGUCUUACGUGUCACUCAUAAAUUAUGAUCAAAGCUGAGGAGAACCUUUAGAUUUGAAUCUUUGUUAGAAAUAGCUCGUUGGCUUCAUAGCUGUAUAACAAAGUAUUUGCGGAAAUUAUAUUUAUCAGAAAUGGUUUUAUUUUUGAGAUUAGAAUUAUUAGAUUCUCCGGAUGAUUGUGAAGCGUAACAGAAGGUAGUGUGAACAAAUUAACAGAUAAUUUAUCAAGAAAUAUUUUGAAAAAACCAUGCAGUAUAUUUUAUUUUAAAUGUAACAUACGACUUCUAUAUGAACAUUGACAGAUUACUUUUUUUUUUUUUAAACAAUCCCAGAAAUUAAGGAAUAAAGAAAAUCUGUGAAACAUUAAAACACCCCUCUGUAAAAACAUCA